CCCCGGGAGAGCCAGAGCAGCUGCUGAAAGUAGAGCAGUGUGAGCAUUUUUGUUGUCGUGAUGGCCAGGUGGAGUGUGUGCCGCAGCCUUGUGACGGCGCCCCUGUCCUGGAUGGGAGAGCUGACAACAACAGGUGUGCGCUGCAGCAGCAGUGUGCCGGUGGUCAGACAGGUGUACUCGGAGAGCAGCAGCAUUGUCAGGCCUUUCAGUGAGAUUCCUGGACUGUGGAAGAACGGGGUGGCAAAUUUGUACAAUUUCUGGAAACUGGAUGGCUUCAAAAACCUUCACCGCAUCAUGCUGCAGAACUUCAACACUUUUGGACCAAUUUACAGAGAAAAAGUAGGUUAUUAUGAAAGCGUAAAUAUCAUCAAUCCUGAAGACGCUGCAAUCCUGUUCAAAGCCGAGGGCCAUUAUCCUAAAAGGCUGAGAGUUGAAGCCUGGACGUCAUACAGAGACUACAGGAACCGCAAAUAUGGAGUGUUACUUAAGGAUGGAGAAGACUGGAGAUCAAACCGUGUGAUUCUCAACAAGGAGGUGAUUGCCCCGAAGGUGCAGGAAAACUUUGUGCCUUUGCUGGAUGAAGUGGGCCAGGAUUUUGUUGCCAGGGUGCACAAAAAGAUAAAGCGAAGUGGCCAGAACAAAUGGACCACUGACCUCUCUCAAGAACUCUUUAAAUAUGCACUAGAGUCGGUGAGCUCAGUGCUGUACGGGGAGCGUCUUGGUUUGAUGCUGGACUACAUCGACCCUGAAGCUCAGCAUUUCAUCGACUGCAUCACCCUCAUGUUCAAGACUACCUCACCCAUGCUGUACAUACCUCCUGCUCUGUUGAGGCAGAUUGGAGCCAAGGUGUGGCGCGACCACGUGGAGGCUUGGGAUGGGAUCUUCAACCAAGCGGACCGCUGCAUCCAAAACAUCUACAGACAGUUACGUAAGGAAGCUGGCACUUCAGAGAAAUACCCAGGAGUCCUGGCGAGCCUGCUCAUGCUGGACAAGCUGUCCAUUGAAGACAUCAAGGCCAGCAUCACCGAGCUGAUGGCUGGAGGAGUAGAUACAACUUCCAUAACACUGCUGUGGACGUUGUAUGAACUAGCAAGGCACCCCAGCCUCCAGGAGGAGCUGAGAGCAGAGGUGGCUGCAGCUCGGGCUGAGAGCCAGGGAGACAUGAAGGAGAUGCUGAAGCGGAUUCCACUGGUCAAAGGAGCUUUGAAGGAAACUCUGAGGUUACACCCAGUCGCAGUGAGCUUGCAGAGAUACAUAUCAGAAGAUAUCAUUAUUCAAAACUACCACAUCCCAGCAGGGACCCUGGUCCAGUUAGGACUGUAUGCAAUGGGCAGAGACCCCAAAGUGUUCUUUCGUCCGGAGCAGUAUCAGCCCUCUCGCUGGUUGAGGACGGAGUCACACUACUUCCGGAGCCUGGGCUUCGGCUUCGGCCCCCGACAGUGUUUAGGACGCAGAAUAGCAGAGACAGAGAUGCAACUCUUCCUCAUCCAUAUGCUUGAGAACUUCCGUGUGGAGAAACAGCGCCAUGUGGAAGUGCAGAGUACCUUUGAGCUCAUUCUCUUACCAGACAAGCCUAUAAUAUUGACUCUGAAGCCUCUGCAGACGAGUCAAUGAUGCCAAGUUUGAGAGAAAAACUGUGGUGCAUAAUAAGCCAGGCCCCCGAAUGCACCACAGUAUAAACAACAAAUAAAUUCUUCCAACCUUUGAUCUUGUGGGAGAGCAUGAAAACAUUAGGAAAGAAAAGCUAAAAAUGUGCAUGAACAAAUUACCUCAGUAACGUCAUAACUAAUGAAAAAAGUCAUUAUAUAUACUGUGUAUUAUCUAGUGAGUAAUUUGAACAGUAUGCAAAUGUGUAGUCUGUGUGUGCGUAGUAAAAAAAACCUGGAAUGUACAGAUGCUUCAUUACAUGUGGCAAAAGUGUUUUAAAAAUAUAUAUAAACCAGUGAUAAAUAAAACAA